GUUGUCGCACACAGUCAGCCUCAGGCUCCACGGCUCUUGUCUCAUGUACGUCUCCUGACAGCUCCCGCGAUGCCGCAAGCGGCGACGGCGUUUGUCGGUAGCCGUCCAUGUUUCAAGUUAUUGAAUCGCGACCUCGUCCAUAAGAAUACCGCCGUGCGCGCUUGCGCCGACGUGUCGCCAUCCAACAUUUACACCAGCUAGCUGAGCGCCGCCCCGGCCUGGCGAUCGUGAGAUAUUUUGAGAGUAUUUCGAUGGAUGCUUAGGGCUGAGCUGAGCUCCCCUCUUUCCGAGAGUCUUGUCCGAUAUACGUAUGCGCCUAUUCGCUAUUUAACCUACAGCCGGUCAACUAUUCUUGACACGCUCCUUGCUCCUCGACUUUCAGAUAGAGGACGGCAGACAUGGCUUCCUCUGCGCCGGUAUCCCCAGCGCUGCGCAAGAAGGUGCUCCGAGUACUCUUCACGUCGCUGCUGCUCGACCUAAUAUCAUUUACCUUCAUCCUCCCGCUUUUCCCUACGCUGCUCGAAUUCUACCGCGAUCACGAAUCCUCGCAAGCGCACACCUCGCCUACGAUCCUCUCGCGCGUCCUCGCCGGCCUGAACGCGUACAAAAACUCCUUCGCCAAACCGAUCAAUGACCGCUAUGACAUUGUUCUCCUCGGCGGAGCCCUCGGUUCCCUCUUCUCCUUCCUGCAAGCGAUCGCCUCGCCCGUCAUCGGGACACUGUCGGACAAAUAUGGCCGGAGGAGGGCCCUGCUGUGGUCAAUGGCCGGCAACAUACUGAGCGUUGCACUAUGGGUCGCAGCUACAGAUUUCCGGACAUUUCUGGCGAGCAGAGUAGUGGGCGGAUUGAGCGAGGGCAAUGUCCAGCUCGCCAUGGCAAUGGCGACGGAUAUCAGUGAUGAGAGCCAGCGCGGCGCAACAAUGGCCCUUGUGGGCGCUUGCUUCAGCAUUGCGUUUACAUUCGGACCGGCCCUCGGAGCGUGGUUGUCGAGUAUCCAGAGCGUGAAGGAUAACCCGUUUGCGACGGCGGCGGGAUUCUCACUGUUUCUCAUCGUCACCGAGACGGUUUACCUUUACUUUUGCCUCCCGGAGACGCUCCCUACGGCUACAAAGACGAAGAGUAAUGGAGCGGCAAGGGCGGAGGCGAAUGGAAACGGGCAGGCCAAACCAGAGGAGAAGGAACCACGGGUCCGGACCAACUCCCACACGCUUCUCAACGCCACGCACUUCAUCUUUAUCCUGUUCUUCUCCGGCAUGGAGUUCUCGCUCCCCUUUAUGACCUACGAUCUCUUCUCCUACGGCUCCAAGCAGAGCGGUAAGCUACUGGGCUUUAUUGGUCUUAUAGCGUCGCUACUCCAGGGCUCAGUAGUCCGGCGCAUGCACCCCCUUCGGGUGGUGCAGAUGGGCGUCGUGAGCUGCACUAUCGCUUUCUUCUUGCUAGGGAGAGUUGACACGCAGCGGACUUUGUACACGGCUGCUGCGUUGCUGGCUGUGACCAGUGCGACCGUAGUGACAGGCUUGAAUAGUCUGAGCAGUUUUGAGGCGAGCAGCGAAGAGCGGGGAGGUAAGCUGGGGAAUCAUAGGAGUUUUGGACAGAUAGGGCGCUCACUAGGCCCCCUCAUCUUUUGCACACUGUACUGGUGGGCUGGACGAGAGACCGCAUACACGACGGGAGCUGCAGGCAUGAUCGCAGUAUGUGGUCUGGUAUUUGGAGCGCUGAAAGAGCCGCCUGGUACGGAGACUGUACGAAAGACCAAGGCGAAAUAGAUGGAUAUCGGAAAAAGGCAAUACAGGGGCGCUAACGGUGAUUUGUACAGUACAUGUCGCAGCUGCAAUUCAAACACACUCGUGUUUAUACUAGAAUUGACGCUUUACUCGACGAUGUUCUGGCCGAUAGGUGGCACUAUCCAGCAACCCCAUCUCACAGUUGCUUUCCAUUAUCAUGCAGAUUACAAUCUGAGGAAUCUAGUACUGGUGACGCGAGUCCUAUCCGAAUCCCAAUCUCUGUGAUCCCACCCACGAUCC